GUGGCACGAUCUCGGCUUACCGAAGCUUCGAACUCCCAGCUCAAGCGAUCCUCCCUCCUCAGGCUCCCUAAACCUAACCCCAGCCUUGGGUCAGUUGGGAUCACAGGCCCGCCCGACCACACCUCGCUAAUAUUUUUUUAUUUUUGGUAGAGACAGGAUUUUGCUUUGUUGCUCAAGCUAAUCUCUAACUCCUGGCCUCAAAUGAUCCUUGUGACUUGGCCUCCGAAACUGGUGGAAUUACAGGUGGGAGCCACCACACCAGUUAGGACGCACCUCUUAAAGGUACUACUGAGGUGGAGUUGGGCUUUUCCUGCAGAAGCGCUUCUGGGAAGCGCGCCCUUUACCCGCCUUCUUACUUAGGGAACUACAUUACCCAGAAAACUCCGCGUCGAACGACAGCGUGGACAGGCCAUGAGGGCUAAGGAUAAAGGCGUUUCCUGUGUGCACGUGACAAUGGGUCCGGACUUCCGGCGCCCUCUAGUGGCGGCCAUUUUGAUUGGCGUUGGGUUUAUUUGUGGGAGCGGCUAGUCAGCGCUAGGUCGGGACUACGGUGACUGAACCCAGAAGGCGGAGAGCAGUUGUCCUCCGCUGCACGAGGCGACUCUGGAGCUCUGUGACGGUGCCCAGCGUGUCCCACUCCUGGGACAGGAUAGGGACCGCCGUGCCCAUAUCUCCUGGCUGGUCGCCCUCUCCUCUGGACCCUGCUUAAAACCGCGUGGUUCGAUGGCGGCGGCGGCCACGCUGAGGCUCUCAGCUCAGGGCACAGUGACUUUUGAAGACGUGGCUGUGAAAUUUACCCAGGAGGAAUGGAAGCUCCUUAGUGAGGCUCAGAGAUGCCUGUACCGUGAUGUGAUGCUGGAGAACCUGGCACUUAUAUCCUCCCUGGGUUGUUGGUGUGGAGUGGAAGAUGAGGAGGCACCUUCUAAGCAGAGUAUUUAUAUACAAAGAGAGACUCAGGUCAGGAUUCCUAUGGCAGGUGUGUCUCUUAAGAAGGCCCAUCCCUGUGAGAUGUGUGGCCCUAUCUUAGGAGACAUUCUGCACAUGGGAGAUCAUCAGGGAACACAUCCCAAGCAGAAACUGCACAGGUGUGAGGCCUGGGGGAACAAAUUGUAUGACAGUGGAAACUUUCAUCAACACCACAAUGAGUACGUUGGAGAGAAACUCUACAGAGGCAGUGUUGAGGAAGUGUUGUUUGUGAAGAGGUGUAAGUUCCAUGUGUCAGGGGAGUCAUCUGUCUUCAGUCAGAGUGGGAAAGACUUUUUGCCCAUUUCAGGAUUACUCCAGAAAGAGGCCACUCACACUGGGGAGAAGUCAAACAGCAAAACUGAGUGUGUGUCUCCCUUUCAGCGGGGGGGAGCUCACUAUAGCCAUGGAGAAUCCAUGAAACAUUUUAGCACCAAACAUACACUCAGUCAGCACGAGAGACUUCUCCCUAGAGAAGAGUGUUAUGUGUGCUGUGAAUGUGGGAAAUCCUUUGGCAAACAUGCUAGCUGCAGUAAUCAUCAGAGAGUUCACACUGGUAAAAGACUUUAUGAAUGUGGAGAAUGUGUGAAAUCCUUUAGCAAAUAUGCUAGCUGCAGUAAUCAUCAGAGAGUUCACACUGGUAAAAGACUUUAUGAAUGUGGAGAAUGUGUGAAAUCCUUUAGCAAAUAUGCUAGCUUCAGUAAUCAUCAGAGAGUUCACACUGGAAAAAAACAUGAAUGUGGAGAAUGUGGGAAAUCCUUUAGUCAAAAGAGAAGCCUCAUUCAACAUCAGCGAUUUCACACUGGAGAAAAACCUUAUGAGUGUGAAGAGUGUGGGAAAUCUUUUAGCUCAGAAGGACAUCUUAGGAGCCAUCAACGAGUUCACGCUGGAGAAAGACCUUACGAGUGUGGAGAAUGUGUGAAAUCUUUCAGUCAUAAGCGCAGUCUUGUUCACCAUCAGCGAGUUCACACUGGAGAAAGACCUUAUCAGUGUGGAGAAUGUGGGAAAUCUUUCAGUCAAAAGGGCAACCUCGUUCUACACCAGCGAGUUCACACUGGAGCAAGACCUUAUGAGUGUGGAGAAUGUGGGAAAUCUUUUAGUUCAAAAGGACACCUUAGGAACCAUCACCACAUUCACACUGGAGACAGACUUUAUGAGUGUGGAGAGUGUGGGAAAUCUUUUAGUCAUAAGGGCACGCUCAUUCUACAUCAGCGAGUUCACCCUAGAGAACGACCUUAUGGGUGUGGAGAAUGUGGGAAAUCUUUUAGUUCAAACGGGCACCUUAGGAGCCAUCAGCGUGUUCAUACUGGAGAAAGACCUUAUGAGUGUGGAGAAUGUGGGAAAUCUUUUAGUCAUAAGCGCAGCCUUGUUCACCAUCAGCGCAUUCACACUGGAGAAAGACCUUACAAGUGUGGAGAAUGUGGGAAAUCUUUUAUUGAAAAAGGACACCUGAGGAGUCAUCAGCGAGUUCACACUACAGAAAGACCUUUUAAGUGUGGGGAAUGUGGGAAAUGUUUUAGUCACAAGGGUAACCUCGUUCUACACCAGCAUGGCCAUAUGGGAGGAAGGCCUUAUGUGUGUAGGGAAUGUGGAAAAUUAUUUAAGAAGAAGUCUCGCCUCCUUGCACACCAGAGAAUUCACAAUGGAGAAAAGCCAUAUGCUUGUGAAGGUUGUCAGAAAUUUUUUAGGCACAAGUACCAACUCAUUGCACAUCAGAGAGUUCACACUGGAGAAAGGCCUUAUGAAUGCAAUGAUUGUGGAAAAUCAUUUACCCACAGCUCUACGUUCCAUGUUCAUAAGCGAAUUCACACUGGAGAAAAGCCUUAUGAGUGCAGUGAAUGUGGAAAAUCUUUUGCUGAAAGCUCCAGUCUCACUAAACACAGGAGAGUUCACACUGGAGAAAAGCCUUAUAAAUGUGAGAAAUGUGGGAAAUUAUUUAACAAGAAGUCUCACUUCCUUGUACAUCAGAAAGUUCACACUGGAGAAAAGUCAUAUGAGUGUGAGGAUUGUCAGAAAGUUUUUAGCAAGAAGGACCACCUCAUUGCACAUCAGAGAGUUCACACUGGAGAAAAGCCAUAUGAAUGCAAUGAUUGUGGGAAAUCAUUUACCCACAACUCUGCAUUCCGUGUUCAUAAGAGAGUUCACACUGGUCACACGACCUUAUGAGUGCAGUGAAUGUGGGAAAUAUUUUGCUGGAAGCUCCUGUCUUGCUAAACAAAAAAGAGUUCACACUGGAGAAAAGCCUUAUGGGUGCAGU